AUUUCGAAGGUUGCAAAGAAGCCUUUCCCACCUCGAGUCAGCGCGUACCUUAGAUCACAUAAUCUCGUGCUUAGCGACCCAAUAUUUGCCUGACUACAAUAGCGUUGACAAAUUUGGAAUUUGGAGUAGUCAUCCUCUCGGGCCCGCCACCGAGGAUUUCACACUGGAAAACGGUCUUUUUUCGCUGUAUUUAGGACGGUUGCGAUAUCAGGUAUACUUGAAUUGUUUGUUACUACCCAGAAAUUGAACUUCUUGACGUUUUACCGGAUUCCGUCGCAAAAAUCCUUUAGUCCAGCACAGACUUCGUGUUCAUUCAGUCUCCAAGCCUCCCGAAUUACCGCGCAGACUACAUCUAGUAAGGUGAACAUCUUCACAUUGUGGCCUCAACAGUAUCAUUCUGCCUAGUCAUACUCUAUGGAGACUUCUCAAAUUUCAUUAUUCAUUUAGAGGCUGGAAAUUGCCUGUCAGGCGUUACUGAGGGAAAUAUGGAUGGAAUUGCCCGCGAAUUUCACCAGAGCUGGGAAUAUAUUGUAUCUGAGGAUGGAGCGUGGCUUUACAAAUGUCCAAGCUGUGAAAAGGAAUUCUCAGAAUUGUCUUCGCUGUUCCAACAUGUUGAGGAUAUCCUAGUGGUCUCCUUUCUCAGUCGUGGACACGGUUGUUUGGCUAAGCUAGAACGAUUUGUGUCUCGUAGCCUAGAAUAGGUAAAGAUAUUUUCUUCUUUUUGAGCAUUUGUGAUCA